AUGGAAGAAAGAAAUGAUAAAGAGAAAAAUAUGGAUGAAGUGAUGCUUCCAGGGUUUAGGUUUCAUCCAACUGAUGAAGAGUUAGUAGGGUUUUAUCUAAGAAGGAAAGUUCAACAAAAACCAAUAUCUAUUGAACUUAUCAAGCAACUUGAUAUCUAUAAAUAUGAUCCAUGGGAUCUACCAACAGAGUUGGCAGCAGUGGGAGAAAAAGAAUGGUAUUUUUAUUGUCCAAGGGAUAGAAAAUAUAGAAAUAGUGCAAGACCAAAUAGAGUAACUGGAGCUGGUUUUUGGAAAGCAACAGGUACUGAUAGGCCAAUUUAUUCAUCUGAAGGAUCCAAAUGUAUUGGAUUGAAAAAAUCACUUGUUUUCUACAAAGGAAGAGCUGCAAAAGGGAUUAAAACUGAUUGGAUGAUGCAUGAGUUUAGAUUGCCUUCUAUUACUGACUCAACUGCACCAAAAAGAUUCUUGGACAAACAUAUACCUCCUAAUGACUCAUGGGCAAUAUGCAGGAUUUUCAAGAAAGCAAACUCCAAUGCACAUAGAGCUCUUUCUCAUUCUUGGGUAUCACCACCACAAGUAUUACCUCAAAAUAACACUACAUCUCAUGAUUUUCUAACAAGUAGCCAUUUUACUAAUAAUUCAAAUGAAAUGUCAUCAUUUAUACACAAAACAACUAGUACUACUUCACCUAUCCAAUUUAAUGACUUAUUACAAAACUCAUCCAACAAUAAUAUGUCUAGUACCUUCACCACAUUAGAUCUUCCUCUUUACAAAACCCUUAACUCAAUGUCAAACCACAAUAAUGACCCUAUCACAAGUUACACAUUUUCUUCAUCAUGUGUUGACAAUAUGAACAAUAUUGAUGCUUCUUCUUUGCUUCUAAACAUGUCAUCUUCUAUAUUUGGAGAUUAUUCCAUCGCGUUACCGGAGAAUAUAGAAGGUGGUGGUGGUGGUGGUGUUCAUGAUGAUACAACUACAACAACAUUGAAGGAAGCUAAUAAUGUUAUAAUCAACAACAUGGAACAUAUGGAUGAAUUACAAUGGGGAAAUGUUGUUAGGUCUAAUAAUAUUGGGUUGAUGAAUAAUUUUCCAUUGAAUAUGGCUGCUGAUGCAUGGAAGACAAAUUUGCUUUGGGAUUCUUCAUCACCUUGUCCUAGUAGUGAAAUGUCUACAAGUUAUUCUACUAACAAAUGUUACACUUGAAAAGUAACAUGACCUACUACUAAUUUUUAGUCAUGUUGU